UUGAACCAACGCGCUUGGCUUUAACGUUCUCUCUGCUCGCAAGCGUUCCCGAGGUCGCAUCGAUUACUUCUUCAGUCCCCAUCUUUCAUUGGAGGUUGGUGGACACGCUGUGAAAUCGAGUGGGGCAGCCACUCGUCGAGAGCAUCAUCGCGUCGAUCGUACAUUAUUAAAACGAGCCGAGUUGCUGAGGUAGAAGAAACGCACCACAAUCAUGGGCGAGGAAGCCGCCAACGUGAAGACCGAAAGCGCCAGUGCCCAGGACGGUCCUGAAAGUGGAUCAAACCAGGGUGGUGGUGGUGGCAAUCAGGGAGGCCCAGGAGGUAACCAGGGCGGCGGAGGUGGCAACCAGGGUGGCCCAGGAGGCAAUCAGGGCGGCGGUGGUGGUGGUAACCCAAACCGUGGUGGACCUGGAGGUGGACGUGGCAAUCGCGGUGGUGGCGGUGGUAAUCGAGGAGAUCGCAAAGGUGGUGGAGGCGGCUCGAGGUUUUCUGGAGGCGGACGAGGCGGAGGUGUCAAUCAGGGAGGACGCGGAGGUCCUGGAGGCAACCAAGGCGGAUCUGGCGGCGGGAUCAUGGGCCCCGGAAUGAUGAACGACAUGCAGAUCAAAAUGAGUGAAUCGAUGAUAGAAAAUAUGAUGGAUGAAUCAAUGUUGGGCGGAGGAAGUGCUGGUGGACGAAUGUCGGGUGGUGGACAUAUGAACAAUAUGAACAACAUGAACAACAUGAAUAUGAACAUGAACAUGAACAACAUGAACAACAUGAAUAAUAUGAACAGAGGACAAAGAGGUGGUCGUGGUGGUGGUGGAGGAGGUGGCGGUGGUGGUGGAGGACCCAGAAACAGCUUAGGUGGUGGUAUGCAAGGCAGAUCACAAGAUGAAAGAUUAAUGGAGCGUGUCAUGUCUAUAUCUGGUCCUACUCAUGAACUACCCCCCAUUGACUUGGCAGAGAAAAAGUUUAGUGGAAGGAAUCGUCUAUACGUAGGAAAUUUAACUAAUGAUAUCUCCGAAGAAGAAAUCCAGCAGAUGUUUGGUCAGUACGGUGAAACUAGCGAGCUCUUUGUCAACAAAGAAAAGAACUUUGCUUUCUUGAGACUGGACUACCAUGCCAACGCUGAAAAAGCAAAACGUGAAUUAGAUGGCUCAGUUCGCAAAGGUCGUGUGAUCAAAGUCAGAUUUGCACCAAACUCGUCCAUGAUAAAAGUGAAAAAUCUAACACCAUGGGUGUCAAAUGAGCUUCUUGCUCAUUCGUUUGGUGUAUUUGGAGAACUCGAGCGAGCCACAGUAAUUGUUGAUGACAGAGGAAAGCCCACAGGCGAAGGUAUCGUCGAGUUUACAAGAAAACCUUCUGCUCAGUUGGCCCUUCGCAAAUGCACCGAAGGCUGUUAUUUCCUCACAACGUCACUUCGUCCAGUUGUUGUUGAACUUUAUGAGCCAAACGACGAUAUUGAUGGCAAUCAAGACAAAAAUCUUCCAAAGAAGAAUCCAGAGUUUUUCAAAGCCCGUGAAAAUGGACCACGUUUCGCAGCCAUAGGAAGUUUCGAACACGAAUACGGCACAAGAUGGAAGCAACUUCACGAAUUGUACAAACAAAAAGAGGAUGCUUUGAAGAGAGAGAUGGCCAUGGAAGAAGAAAAAUUGGAUGCUCAAAUGGAGUUCGCUCGUUUCGAGCACGAGACUGAAAUGCUAAGAGAACAACUUCGUCUUCGUGAAGCCGAUCGUGAAAGGCAAAAGCGCGAAUGGGAGAUAAGAGAAAGAAAAGCCGAGGAACAGAGGACUCGAGAAGAGGAACUCAGGCGACGACAAGAAGAAGAGAUGACUCUUCGAAUUAGGCGUCAGGAAGAGGAACUUCACAGACGACAGCAAGAAAAUAAUCUGUUCCAACAAGAACAGGCUAUGCGCUUAUCGAGUGGCGCUAAAAAUUUUGACGUUAUUCCACCUGAACGUGAUGGGUACCCACCAGUUGAUGGAAAUAACUUGCCAGUGGAUCCAAAGUCCUUUAUGGAUCAGUACGCCAAUAUGGACCGCAAUAGUCGCGGUGGGGGUUACAAUGACGAGCGCGGCCAGAUAAUGGAUUUGAUGGAUAUGAGGGUUGACAUGGGUAAUAUGGGCAAUAUGGGUAAUAUGGGCAACAAUCGGGGUGUUCCGGCUGGUGGUGGCGGCGGUGCCGGUGGUGGUGGUGCUGGCGGCGCCGGUGGUGGCGGUGGUGGUCGCUGGCAGGGUGGUGGCAACGAUCGCCAGCGCCCAGGCCCAGGCCAAGGCCCGGAAGACUUUCCUAACAAGAGAAGGCGAUAUUAAAUGCCAAAAAAAAAAAAAAUAAACAUUUGGUAUAAAAGCCAAUAGUUAUGACUAAACCUUGUAACGUGGGUGACUCAAACUCUUUCCAAAGAGUUUUGUCGAAUGCCUAUCGGAUAUCUGGCUCUUCUUUUUCUACUUUAUUUUUUUUUUGUAAGAUAUUGUGCAGAUUGUUCACUUUGUCUUAGCGAUGGUACCGACGCAAUGAAAAAUAUAUUUUGAGCUGGUCAGACGAUUUUUUUUAAAGUCUAGGCUUUAAACAAAUGAAUUUCUUUUGAAAAGUUAGCUUAAGGUGUAGCUUUUAAUGAGUAGAAAGUUUUUAAGUCCAUGUGAAUUUAUGGUCCAAGGGUUUCAGUAGUAUUUCAAUUAUAGUUAUGGUUUUUGUAUAAAUCACUUUUUGCAGUAAAAUUUUUUUAGUAAUUGAAUAAAAGGCUCAAAUGUAGUUUAUAUCCUAGGACUUUGAUUUUUUUUUCUUAGUCUUAGAUGCACUAUAUUUUGCUCUUAAUAAGCAAUCAAUCACUUACGUUCACAAGCAUUACAAGGAAUGAAAUAAUUACUGUAACACUUGGAAUAAAAAGUCGAGGUGGAAAUUGAGUCUUGCAAUUGCUACAGUAUAUAUAUAUUAAUAAGUCGUAGCUCUAGGAUGAUUAUUUGACAAAUCUAUUAGAAAAUAAUUAUUCAUACUUAAUUCUGUGUAUGAAAUCAUUUUAUUGAUGUAAACAAAAGUACUUUAAUUAGAUAUGGAAGUUUUUUUUUUUUAAAGUUGUUGAAAUCAUUUAUAUUUAUUCAAACUCAUUAUUCUUAAAUAAAUAUUCAUGUGUAAUGAAAAUAUUGGUGUUUUUAAUUGCUUACGUAGCAAUAUAGUUGUUGCCUCUACUUUGCUCUUCAAUAACUACCAUUCAUGUAAUUAUGCACUUAAAUGAAAUUUGUGAAUAGUAAGAAUCAACUUUAUUGUAAUAAAUGAAUUAAUUUUGAAA